AGUCAGUUAUUUUUAUUUACAAACAUUAAUAAAAAAGAACUUUGUUUUAAACUUUAAAUUAACUGAGAAUUAUUAAAUUAGGCAGAACUAGAAAUAAAAUAUUAUAAUAAUAAUGAGCUAUCAGAAAAAAUCCUCAUCCUCGAGAAAAAGAGUUCACUACAAUUCUGAUUUCAGACAAAAUAACCACAACAAUCUGAGUAAGCCCUUAAUAAUCGGUUACAUGAGUGUCGAUGUUAAUCGCCAGUAUAUCCCUAAUUUGUCACAGCUUAAAUAUCUUAACUCUAUUUCGAACGGUCAAACUUAUCUAGAUUUAAACCAUAACAUAGAUGUUGCUGUGAAACGCACAACUGAUGAGAACGACGAGAAAAUUGAUCUGUUAUUGAAAUUUAUUUCGCAUUAUAGAGAAUAUAUAAAUACUACAUACAAAAUUCUUGACUUCAUUACAUAUCGAAGAACAUUAAUAAGCGUAAUUUGUAGUGCUUUCGGUGUUUCGGAAUCUUUAACUAUAAGAGCUUGUUUGUUUAGAGGCACAAUAUAUUUAUGUUCCGUUGAAAAUGCUGAUGAAUUGUUAAGAAGAAAAUCGCUUACUAAAGAUGAAGAAAAAUAUUGUGCCUGGGGAUAUAAAUUUGAACAAUAUAUUCUAUCAGAUCAACCUAACUUAACUCCUAAUAUUGAAAAACCAGUAAUUGAAAAUGAAGAAUUCUCUUUAUUCUAUUUUACUACACUAGGUAAUCUUAAACUAUUGUAUGGAGCACAAAUUGAUGCAUUAUUAGCUAAAGAAUCCACUACAGAAAAUCCUAAGUCAAAUGAUUUUGAAACUAAUUUAAAUUAUUUAAGAAGUAAUAAAUUUGCUGAAUUGAAAACAAACAAAGAAAUACAAAACAUUAGACAAGAAAGAAAUUUUAAACGAUACAAAUUACUUAGAUGCUGGUGUCAAUGCAUCUUAGCAGAUUUAAGUGGUUUAUUAGUAGGAUUUCGCAAUGACCAAGGUGAAGUCCAGAGAUUACAGUGGUUUGAUACUCAAGAUAUAGUGAUGUACUGUAAGAAUCAAUGGAAUCCUCAACAAGCUCUAAAUUUUCUACAUUACUUCUUAUCAUAUGUAAAAGAUAGCUUUGAACCGUAUCGAAAUCAAACAGAACCAGUCGCACUACAAUUUGUAAUGGAUACAGAUAAAAAAAUUACCGUCGAUGAAUGUAACAAUGACAUCUUACCUAACUGGUUUACAGCCAAAACUUAAUUAUUAACAAGGUAUAUAGUUAGUACAAUCCAGGAUGACGCGACACUUUUUUACAAUCGUUACAGUGCAAGUGCAAUGUAAGCUGCCAUAGAAUUCAUUCUAUAGAUCUAUUGCUACGCAGA